CUUGCCAAUUGAUGUCACUGCGACUCUCUCGCGCGCUGGAGGACAUUGGCGUCAGUGAGUUGAUGAUUACCAGGAGGAGGAAAAUGGCGUUGUUCAGAGAGUCUUUGUUCCCUUUAUGCUUGAAAGCAGCAAUACGUCCAGAUAGGAGUGUUUAUAACUUCGGUAGUCAAAGUGAAGGGUCAACGACACUAGGGAUGGACUCGGAUAUUGACAUGUUAUUUAGCUUCUCGUCGGUUCAUCUAGACUCGAGUGAAUGGCAGCCUGAUGUGUCAUUUAUUGCUUUUAAGAAUGAGAGAAUCCCACCCCAGCACUGCUACGUCCAGAUACGUAGACCAUUCUUCGCACUGCGUAAUGCUGACUCUUAUGUGAGGUCAAUCUGAAGAGUGCCAGUUCAUGUUCAAAAGACCGCGCCCUGGACACUGGCCUAGACCUGAGACAUUGGCCAAAGCAAGGACGUGCCCUACUUUUCUUGUACCACAGGGAUACCCUGACAGUGAAAAUAAAGAAAUAGAAUGGAGGUUUUCCACCUCACUGAUGGAAAGACUGCUAGUGUUUGACUUUACCACGGCCCAAAUGAAAGUUUACACUUUGUUAAAAAUGAUCAGGAAAUCAUUUAUCAAACCCAUAGUUGGUGAUAGGCUGAGUACGUUUCAUCUGAAAACGGCCAUGAUGUUUACAAUAGAGAGCUACCCACCAGAUAUAUGGAGAGAAGACCAAAUUAUACAAUGUGCCAUUUACUGUCUGACAUCUCUUUGCAGAUGGCUCAAGCUUGGGUACUGUCCACACUUUACCAUCUCUGGAGUAAAUUUGUUUGCCGGGAAACUAAACAAAAAUGAAAGGCAUAGGGUUUUUGAAGAGUUUCAAGACUAUAUAAAUGAAAGCCUUCAAAUUGUUUUUAGCGUAAAAAUGGAUGAUUUAGGGUCAAGACUGAUAAAUAUGAUGGAUUCUACACAAUGUCUCACCAUGAUGACUAGAAAACAAAUGUUGAAAUCAGCAUUAAAAAAGAUAGUUAUAGACAAAAGUUUAUUUAUAGGUAUCUACAGUAAAAUACUUAUAGACCUCAAAACUGAAACUGCAUGCAUUCCUAGAUUUUUAAUGAAUUUAUUGACCUACUUAAUGACCCUGGCAGACCUGACAGAAACUGGCAAUGACCAAAAGAAAGAGGCAGCAUCAUGUCUGAUUACUAUUCGUUUGAACCCACUUGCCUCCACACUAGCUUCAGAGUGCAUUAGACUUGGUCAGCCCAUUUCUAUGGAAAUUGUCAAUCUAUACAAGAUGUCCUUUGACUCCGACCUUCUGUCCAGCAGGCUGAAAUUUGCAUCCAUGUUGUACUGUAGAGAGCAGUUUGUGUCGGCAACACACAUACUGAGUUAUUGUGAAAGUCUACUUGGAAGUCAUAUGAUACACUUAUGCACUUGCACAGGAAUAUUCACACCCGAAAGUGAUGAGAUUGAUGAUAGAAUUAUGAAUAUGGAAAGAUCGGAUUUAAUCAGAACCAGCGUUGCUUGCUGCGUCACAUUUACUAUCCGUGAACGGUAUUGUGUGCCUGAGCACCUGGCUUAUGAGCUGUCUAGGGAAAUGGACGAACAGAGUUUUGAAAUAGAUGCGUGGACGAAACAAGUAGCAAUAGACAGUGAGCCAUUUCUCUACUACCUUCAGUACCUCACAUACAGACAGCUGAACCAAGGUGAAAUGAAACUUGCUGCCUUUCAAAAACUUUUUAAUCUAAUAGGAUUACAAGUUGGUCUUGGCCACCCAGAGACGUUUUCAAAUGUUCUUGGUCAUUGCUUUGAAAUGGAAAACAUGCCAGCUUGGGCCGAGCAAUGUUAUAGAAAUUCUUUGAUACUUAAGCAUUUAAGGAGACUUUUAUAAAAUGCUAUUUACUAGAAUGAGUGAAAAAGACACGAAUUUGAAAUUUUGCUAUCUUGUUUAUCUGAAGGCUUUGAUCACUACGUAUAUACUGAUGUAGCAGUUUUAAACAAAUAAAGUGAACCAUU